CAUCGUAUUCCACAUUAUUCGUUCUCUGUGCAGGACGCACUGCUCGGCGAACGAACAAUUAGACGUGAACGCCAUGUCCGCAACUCCGCCUUCUAGUAACUAUGGCUCUGGCAUGGCAGCCAUUGAUGCGCUACGACGCAUGCAACCUCCGGCAAAGGGUGCGACACCCGUAACAGAAGAGUCGACGGCAGCCUACUACCCGAGUCAUCACGUAUCUGCAACCAUGAUAGUGUGUCUGGCCUCGUGCAUCAUGGGCGCUGCAGUUGGGUACGCGUCUCUGGCGAUUCCAGAACUCUCCGGGGAGACGGCCAUUGAGAUUAUACCUUAUUCAUCGGAAGCCCGUUGGUUCGUAGCUAUGCUUCCACUCGCUGCUGUCCCCGGCGCACUCGCUUCAUGCCUGAUGAUGAACCAUUUGGGCCCCCGCCGUACUAUGAUGGUGUCGGGAUGGGGAUUUGUGUGCAGCUGGUUCAUGAUGAUGCUCUGCACCGACACAAUGACUUUGUUCAUGGGACGCAUCAUCGGAGGCUUCUAUUCGGGCGUCGUCUCCGUCUGCGUUCCGCUCUACGUCACAGAAAUCAGCCCUGCGUGCAGAAGGGCCAUGUUGGCAGGAAUCAUACAGGUGGCUGUAGGGCUGGGCAUACUGCUCCCAUAUGUUCUCUUUCCUUUCCUCCGUUGGCGUUUGGUAGCAGCCGCCUGCACCGUCCCUCCUGUCAUCUUCGUCGUAAUCGUCCAUCGCUUAAGAGACACUCCGCAGUGGCUUCUGAGCAAGGGAAUAAGGGUGGACGCCGACCGCGCCGUUAUCCACUUUUAUGGCACAGACUUUCUGGCAGAGUUCGAGUUUCGGAAGUUUGAAAUGGAAAACGUCAUCCCCUAUGAAUCAAAAUACAAGACUCAUACGCGAGUGGGUUUGUGCCUGUCCCUUCAGUUGUUGCAACAUUCCUCUUUUGCCAACGUGAUUUUCUUCAACGCAACUCAAAUUCUUAAGACUGCAACGCCCGACGUGCCGACCGAUAUUUGCGCUGCCUUGAUGGUUGCUUCUCACCCGGGCAUCACCCUCAUCUUCAGCGUACUCACUGCUGACAUCGGUCGACGACCGCUACUUGUCCUGUCGACUGUACUGGUUACGGCUGGUCUGGUAGCGUUUCGGUCCAUGGAGACGUUGAGAUGCGCCUUCAACGAGCAGCAAGUGCAAGCAGAAGGCAGCUGGCCUGCUGCCUUCGCAAUCUUUUUUGUGGUCAUCGGACAUUCCCUAGGACUAGGUACAUUACUUCUGCCGACAACACUGCCACAUCCCAUGGUUGUUGACAUGCGAGAUAAUGCCUCUGCAUAUUCGCGGUGUGGGUACCUCAUUCGUUGUGGCCGCCUACUGGUCUUUCUGUUUUGUGCUCCUGUACUUCACGAGACCAAUUCUCGAUGCCUUCGCGUAUCAGGUCGUGGCAUGGAUAUACGGCAUCGCCCUACUCAUCCUGGCAGGCGUCGUCGCCUACAUGACUCCAGAAACUGAAGGCAAGAGCCUGGCCACUAUCACCGCAAACUGACGCCUACACAGAAAAUCCCUCUGAAUAAAUGUCAGCGCUGUUAAGGCGCUUAUCUUAUAUGGACAUUGA